CUUUUAUUGAAAAAUUAAAAUAAACACUAGUAAAAUAGGUGAAUUUAUAUAGAAAACAAUCCAUUACCCCACAACCAAUAACAUAGAUAUGAUAUCCUCGGGGACUCGAAACAUGCCGGCGACGACGGAUAUCGAGGUACAAUUUGCUACUAUUCUCAAGGAGUAUCAAUUGAAAACAGACGUUGAAGAAUUCGACAUCAUCGGCAAAUUCAAAUCACUCUGUGCCCAACGAGCACUUGCUAUCGGUACUACCUUAGAAGGUCAGGAAGUUUCGGCUGAGUUUGACCACUGGGACUUAGAAACCAAAUUGUGGCAUUUGGUGGAGUUAUUAUCAUCAUUCCGAUUAUCGAGAUGGGACAUACUGUUACUUAAAGAAUAUGAGAUGUCAUCGCUUGGUACCAAGCAAGAGAACUAUUUACGUCAGAAUCCUCAAAUCAUAGAGUUGUAUCGAAUUAUUGAAUGGCUUCAAACUAAUACACGAAAUGUGGAUACUGAGGGAGUUGAACUGUAUCAAAUGAAGUGGAAUAACACUAGACUUGCAGUGGUAAACAAAGACUAUGAUAUUCUCCUCAAUAAUAUUCCUGCUCAUAAUCUUGUGGAUACUUUGGAUGUAGAUUCUCCAUUACGUUCGAAUAAGUCCAUUCAUCCACAUGAUGAAGCUGUUGAUUCAACUAAUUUCCACAUCAUAUAUAAACUAGUACUUGCCAAUAGAGUAACAGAUGCAUUGGAGAUAGCUCGUAAUACUGGCAACUACGCCUUAGCCUUGAUCCUUCUUGGUUAUACCCAGACGUACUACGACCCUAUAAUUGAUAAACGGGAUGAAGAAGAUAUCAAAGAUAUCAAUGAUGGUGAAGAUGGUGAAGAUGGUGAAAUUCUUCCUUCUAUUGCUUCUGGUACGAAGCACAAACUCUUAUGGACUAAAGCCGUAUACAAAUUGUCACAACAACCUAAUCUUAACAAAUAUGAAAGAUUGAUUUAUUCAUACUUAAGUGGAGGUGAUGUAAGUGCCAAUCUUAGUGAAGCAGCUGAUGAUUGGGCAGAAUCCCUUUUGAUAUACACCUCUCAACUAUACACCUACAAAUUACAAGAGUUUAUGAUAAAUCUAUACAAAGAUCAAAAUUCAGAUGAAGAUAUUCCUUCAAUUGUGAUUCUUCCGCCUCAAUUGACUACUCUAGACGAUAUCUUAAAUGCAUUACUGAAAUCUGGCACGACUGUAUCGCAGCAAAGUCAACACCCAUUAAGGGUAAUUUCCGGUAGUAUUAUGAUAGACAAGGUAUCAUCAUUACUCCAUAAUUUACUCCAUAAACAUGCCCAAGAUAACGCUACUUUGAAUCAACCUCAUCUUACUCGAGUACUUACCCAUUUAGCCAUCUUUAAAUCCAUUAUAGGCGGAGAUAACCCUGUCCUUCCAGAGGAUUUAACCACCAUUAUUACUUUAUACAUAGCUCAACUUUCUGAUAGUAAACUCACCGAUUUGAUUCCUAUCUAUUUAUCGUUUAUACCCGAUGAAAAGGAUGCCAGAGAGGCAUACUCCUUACUCCUUUCCACUAUUACAGACUAUGAUGAACGGUUGAAGCAGAUUGAAAUAUCCAAGCGUAUCAAUGAUCACAGCACUGAUGUGGUAAUGCUCGACAACACCAACACCAACAAUAACAAUAGCAAUAACAACAAUCAGGAUAAGAUGAUUAAUGUAUUGAGACGUACAGUUGAACGAGUAUUGAGUGAGACAGAAAGUUACUAUAGAGAUUUACAGAGUAGUGCAUCCAUUGAAGUUCAGGAGUCUGAAGAUACUAUUGAUGAUAUGGACUAUAAACUCUAUCGGUCCGUCGAGUAUUUCUAUGAGAACAAUAUGUAUGAAGAUGCCAUUAGUGCCACAGUAACUAUCAUUAGAAGGUUUCUCCUUUGUGGUAAACUCUCAGCCCUCAAACAAUUUGCCAAGGGGAAGAGCUUCAAGAGUAUCAUCAACAAUUACGAUGUACAAUUACUUGCCAAGGAACAUGAUGAGGGACAUAUUAGUGAAGAAACUAAGCUUGAAUUAUUGGAAUAUUCUCAGUUAUUGGAGGCCCUCAUAUUGAUAGAUGAUUGGAGGAACUUUGCUAGUAUCACUAAUGAUACUGGCAAGUGGAAGUCAAGUGCCGUAUCCAAUUCUAUAGAGAAGACUAGUAAGACAUUGACUAAGUUAAUCUUUGAUUGGUUCAAAGGGUUAAGUCAUUCUGAUGAUAAGGCUAUCUAUACUCGAUACAGAGCCAUCUAUGUACCAUAUCUCAUCAUUGAAUUAUUGGAAAUCUAUCAAAAUUCAAGAUUGAAUGACUGGAAGUAUAUGAGACAAGUGUUUACGUUAAUUAACCAAGUAGCUAAUGAGGAAGACAAUGAUUUCUUAGAAUGUUUCCAGGCUAGUGGACGAUUACAAGAGUUUUUGGUUAAGGUAGGUGAGAUAUCAGUAGUGGCUAGUGAGAGAGGAAUUCAGGGAGUCUUCUAUUAGAUAGUUAUAAUUGUAGUUAUAGUAAUAGUGAUAUAGACAUAUAUAAAUACAUAAAUACAUACUUACAUAC